AUGCAUCAAUACAAAGAUGAAUUUCUUAAGGAAGAACCUACGUCAGAACUUCCGCCACCGCCACUGCUCAAUUAUAUAGAAUAUUUGCAGAAUAUUGACUUGAACGAAUUAUAUACCUCAAUCGAAGAUUGGAUGAAAACAUCAUAUAAUGUAACAAGAUAUAGAAAAAAAAAUAUAAUAGAAUUUGUAAAAAAAAGAAUUCACCGGAAUACUUUGGUUGACCGAGAUUCAAUAGACUACACAAUAUUCAUUAGAUUUUUAGCAAAUUCCACAUUUAAAAAAGAAAUUUCUUUGAGAUAUAACGAAUAUUUUUACGACAAUUCAUGUCGGGAUUUAUUGGUUCAUAAUCUUAUCAAAACUUUUAUGACACAAUGUCCAAAACUAGUACAAAUAUCGAUUGAACAACGACACCUUUAUACUCGAAGGCCGAAUGAAUAUUUUUGUUCAUCACUUAAAAAAGAAAAGCCACUCCGUUCAGAUUAUUGUAACUUACCUACAGGAGAUUACGAAUCUUUAAAUUAUUAUUCCGUCGUGGUACCACGUUUACAUCAACUCACAGAGUUAAUAUGUACAACAAAACGUCGGAAAGCCAGUUUAUUACUCUCUUUAUCACAAUUUUCUCAUAAUAUUAAAUUCAUGGCAAUAACUAUUAGUUAUCAACGUGAUUUAUUCGGUGGAGAUGCGGUAAGAAUUUACGAACAACAAAAGGUUGAAAAUGAAGCUUACUGUUUGGCUACAUUAAUCGAGUCACAAAAAGGAUUAAAUAACCUGAGAUUACAUGUAUGUUCUGAAGGACUAUCUACAAUAAUGGUAGCAUUAAAGACUCAAAUUAAUUCUUUACAAUCUUUAAGUUUUGUAAACGUUAAAUUUUUUGGAUAUGAGAUAUUAAGUUAUUUAAUAUCUUUGAAAAAUCUUCAACGACUUGAAUUUAUUUCUUCAAAGUUUAAAGAUGAAACCGAUGAAAUAAUUCCAUCAAUAUUGACCAACCUAAGGUUUCCAUAUCUUACUGAGCUCAAUUUCAAUGGAUCAUAUAUAACAAAUGAGAUGUUGGAAGCAUUCUUAAAAAUUUCUUAUCCAAAUUUAGAAACUCUUAAUCUUGGAAGACAAAACUGUCGAAAUGGAUUUCGAAAUUCUAUCCCAGGUUCUCGCAAAAUAAUUAGUUGCAUUCCAACACUAUAUCCUGAAUUAAAACAUCUCAAAUUAUAUUUGAAUCCUGAUGAAGUACCUCAACUUAUAUCAAUAUUUUCUUGCAACAAACUUGAAACGAUAACUCUAGCUGGGUCCAUGCAAAGAUCAGGUCAAGAAGUUAAUAGAGUAUUGAAAGAAUUAGGAAAAAUGAAAAAUUUACAAUUAGCAAAUUUAAGAAGCUUAAGAUUCGAAGGAUCAAUGUGGCUAUUUAAUUCUCGUUAUCUUGAAAUAUUUUUAAAUGAAUGUAAGUUCGAGAAAUUAGAUAGUUUUGAAAUUGUUGAUUCAAAAAAUUUCGGUAAUGAUCAUUUAGAAGUCAUUAUCAAAUGCUUGAAAGAUGUCAUAAAAAAAUUGGUUUUACAUACUAAAAAUAGGUUAAGUCAUAGAUUGUUAAGGAAAGCUAGAAAAAUUUUUGAUGUUAAUUAUCAAAGAUGCACACCAAGAAAUAUUAGUAUGUACGAACAUAAAUUUUGA